AUGUCCAACAAGCCCGACACGCUCAAGAGCGGCGAGGAAAAGGUCGCAGAGCAGAGCGCUUCCGCUCUCAAGAGCUUCAUCUCCGGUGGCGCAGGAGGAGUCGCAGCGGUCCUUGUCGGCCAGCCGUUCGACUUGACCAAGGUGCGACUGCAGACCGCCGCGCCAGGGCAGUACACCGGCGCGCUCGACGUCGUCAAGCAGACGUUUGCGCGAGAUGGGCUCCGCGGAUUCUACCGCGGAAUGGGUCCCCCUCUCGCGGGAGUCACGCCCAUGUUUGCCGUCUCGUUCUGGGGCUACGCGAUGGGCAAGAAACUCGUCUACGCCCUCACGCCCAACCGCACCUCGUCCGUCCUCUCGUACGGCGAACUCGCCGCCGCGGGAUUCUUCUCUGCGAUUCCGACUACCCUCGUCGCGGCGCCGGUGGAGAGGGUCAAGGUUUUGCUGCAGAUGCAAGGACAAGGCGGCAAGCAGCUCUACUCGGGCCCGAUCGACGCAGUCUCGAAACUCUACCGCGAAGGCGGCCUCCGCUCAAUUUACCGCGGCACGCUCGCGACCGUCGCGCGCGACGGACCCGGCUCGGCAGCGUACUUUGUCGUGUAUGAGAUGGUCAAGAAGGCUAUGACGCCGCAGGGACAGGACCCGAGUCAGUUGAGUUUGAGCGCGGUCAUGGUCGCGGGUGGAAGUGCGGGUGUCGCGAUGUGGACGUUGGCGAUCCCUCCAGAUGUCGUCAAAUCCCGCCUCCAAGGCGCACCCGAAGGGACCUACAAAGGCUUCGUCGACUGCGCGCGGCAGACGGUCGCCAAGGACGGGGUCGGGGCGUUGUUCAAGGGCUUUGGGCCGGCGAUGGCGAGGGCUUUCCCGGCGAACGCAGCGACUUUCCUCGGCGUCGAACUCUCGAUGCAGCUCAUGAACGCGUUGUUCUAA